GCGCUGCUGACAGAGAGGCCGCCUCUUCUUCGCCUGCCUUCCUCCCUCCCUCCCUCCCCUUGGGCUGCUUCGGGGAGUCCGAGGAAGCGGGGCGGGCGGGCAGGCAGGCGGGAAGGAAAGGGGGGAGCUCCCAGGGAGGGAGCCAGCGAGCCCGCUUCCUCGAGCGGGAGACAGGCCGGCUUUCCGGCCGGUGAAGGAGGAAGAGGAGUAGUGGGAGUAGUAGGAAUAGGAAGCAGCUGAAGCAGGAGGCGGAAGAGUGAGGGAAGAGAAGCCGGGAGUCAACGGGGCCACCGCCGCCUCCACCUCUUGUCCCCGUGGGAGGUGGCGGCUCUCCGGCCUGGCGGGCUCCCAGCCACCCCACCGGUCGGCCAUGCCGAAUAAAAACAAGAAGGAGAAGAGUCAGGAACCUCCAAAAGCAGGGAAAAGUGGGAAAAGUAGCAAAGAUGUUCAAGAUAACCUGGACAUUGAGGUUACAUGCAAAAAAUCCAGCACCAUACAACCUACAGCACAAUUAUCUAAGAUCAAAGUACCUCCUGCACAAGCUGUUGUGAAGAAAGAAAAACGACAAAGUUCUUCAAGAUUCAGCAUUAGCAAUAACAGAGAGCUCCAGAAGCUGCCAGCAUUAAAAGAUGUUCCUCCCGCAGAGCAAGAAAAACUUUUCAUUCAGAAAUUGCGACAAUGUUGUGUCCUCUUUGACUUUGUUUCUGAUCCACUAAGUGACCUGAAGUGGAAGGAAGUAAAACGAGCAGCUUUAAGUGAAAUGGUAGAAUACAUCACACAUAAUCGCAAUGUGAUUACUGAGCCCAUUUACCCAGAAGUAGUACAUAUGUUUGCAGUUAACAUGUUCCGCACACUACCACCUUCAUCUAACCCAACGGGAGCAGAAUUUGACCCAGAGGAGGAUGAACCAACCUUAGAAGCUGCCUGGCCUCACUUACAGCUUGUUUAUGAAUUUUUCUUAAGGUUUUUAGAAUCUCCAGAUUUCCAGCCUAAUAUAGCUAAGAAAUAUAUUGAUCAGAAGUUUGUAUUGCAGCUUUUAGAGCUCUUUGACAGUGAAGAUCCUCGUGAGAGAGAUUUUCUUAAGACUACUCUGCACAGAAUAUAUGGGAAAUUCUUAGGCCUGAGAGCUUACAUCAGGAAGCAAAUUAACAAUAUAUUUUAUAGGUUUAUUUAUGAAACGGAACAUCACAAUGGCAUAGCAGAAUUGCUAGAAAUAUUGGGAAGUAUAAUUAAUGGAUUUGCCUUACCAUUAAAAGAAGAGCACAAAAUUUUUCUUCUCAAGGUAUUAUUACCAUUGCACAAAGUGAAAUCACUCAGUGUCUACCAUCCACAGCUGGCUUACUGUGUAGUUCAGUUUUUAGAAAAGGACAGCACACUUACUGAGCCAGUGGUGAUGGCACUACUGAAAUACUGGCCAAAGACUCAUAGUCCAAAAGAAGUUAUGUUUUUAAAUGAAUUAGAAGAAAUUUUAGAUGUUAUUGAACCAUCUGAAUUUGUAAAGGUUAUGGAACCUCUUUUCAGACAGCUAGCCAAGUGCGUCUCCAGUCCACAUUUUCAGGUUGCAGAAAGAGCACUAUACUACUGGAAUAAUGAGUAUAUUAUGAGCUUAAUCAGUGACAAUGCUGCAAAGAUUUUGCCCAUCAUGUUUCCAUCCUUAUACCGGAAUUCAAAGACUCACUGGAACAAGACAAUACAUGGCUUGAUUUACAAUGCUCUGAAACUCUUCAUGGAAAUGAACCAAAAACUGUUUGAUGAUUGCACACAACAAUUUAAAGCAGAAAAACUUAAGGAGAAGCUAAAAAUGAAGGAAAGAGAAGAAGCAUGGGUUAAAAUAGAAAAUCUAGCCAAAUCAAAUCCUCAGUAUUCAGUAUAUAGUGACACUUGUCUGGUGAGCAGUCCUGUUGCAAUGGAAACAGAUGGGCCUUUAAUUGAAGACUUGCAGGUGCUGAAAAAGACAGUAAAAGAAGAAGCUUGUACGGCGCAGAAGGAUCAGAAAAAGGAGCGUCCUAUGGUGCGACGCAAGUCAGAACUGCCUCAGGAUAUCUAUACCAUGAAAGCCUUGGAAUCCCAUUGCCGAGCUGAUGAUCUAAUAUCACAUGAUGGGCAUUAGAUUAUUGAAGUAAAAUCUUAUUUGGAGGAGAAACUUUUUUUCUGGACUCUGUUCCACAGUAGAGAACUUACUUUUUGUGCCAUACUGAUCAGUUACACACGAGUCAAAGCAUUUUUCAACCCCAUUCUGUUAGGCAAUAACUUUGAUACAUUAUGCACAGCUCAAGAUUAAUAGUUCAAACAAUGGUAAAUUGCCUGAUUCUGUAUGCAGAAACUUGGGUUGAAUAGUAUUAAAUAUUUUCAUGAUGCUGUUGGCAUAGUACCAACCAGAAGGAAGCAUGCACUUUUUUCAUAUCACUCCUGAGAGAAGAGCAGUCUUCUACGGCAGAUCACCAAGUACUGCUGUUAUACAACAUCCCAGAUAUUUUUGGGUUGUUUCACAGAUCGGUUGCUGUGGAUAGGCAAAGGGACACCAUGAUCUCUGCUGUAGGUAUAUGUGCUAGGAAGCUAAAGGUAGUUGCAAAGUUGGAUUCUCUCACCUCAUACACAUACACAUACAUACAUACAACAAACUGCAUAUGUGACUAUUACAUGGGACAGUCUGUACAGGGGUUCCAUGUUUUCUCCCCCAUGCUUCCUCCAGGUAAAGUAUACUACACAAAGUGAUGUUGCGUGAAUUUUCCUUUGUAAGCCCUGGAGGUUGCAUGAUAGCAGUACCUGGUAGAAUGUCAUCUGUUUUCUCUCUGUCUGCUACCCUGAAUUGGUACUGUUGGUACUGUCCAGAGUCUCAAUUCCGUUAGGCAUUUUUAUAAGACUGGAAAAAGUGUGAAGAAAAAAAGUUCUGCAUUGCUGCCUUUACAGAUUCUUGCCAUUUCAGAACAUGCAGUUAAAUUGCUCUGUCAAUGCAGUUUACAGAAUGGUAAUUUUCAUGACAAUCUUCAAUCACGGCUAAUUUCUAGGAGCUCUGAAAACUGUUCCAGAGAGAGACAGCCUUGUUAGGGAUUUUAUGUGGAUUGAAGCCAUAUUUUCAAGUCUUUUAGAGAGGAAUACACAACAGAUAUUUUGGAACUGAGCCGAUGGAAGAAAUUGUGUUCCCAAAAAUGAAAAUUCUGUCUGCCUUGACUGAAUAUAAAUUGAAUUUUUAGAAGUCAUUACAUACCACUUUUGUUUUAUGAAAUUAUUCUUUUUAUUUAUCUAAAUAGAUCCAUUCUUUUUUGCCCCACCUGAGCUUAACUCUGUGGCAUACUUUGGACUCUGAGAGUUCUUCUUGCAGACGACCUGAGGUCACUGAGUUGGAUACGUUUUUCUGCAUAAUGUUCUAUGAAAGCAGCAUCAACACUUUUAACAUUAUUUUUAACAAUACAAAGGAUUUUCUAAUGGCAUACCACUUUUUUAAAAAUGCCUGUCUUGAGAGCUGAAAAAUGAAUUAUAAUAGUUGUGCUGUCAACAUUCUUUUCUGUGGUAAAGAGCACAUAGAAUACAUACACACCUCACAAGAAAAAUGAAAACACCUCAGAGUUGCCAUUGACCUUCAAAUGCUGCUAUAUAUUCCAUAAGAUUACUUGCAUGGUAGAAGCUCUUUUUUCAUUGUUCUAGAUGGGAAAGCACGAAUAACUUUUCUUUGAAAAUAUGUACAAGUGCUUUGUCUUCAAUAUAUGAUUUCUCUCAGGGUGGCCAGUAUUUUAGACUUUUGUAUCCUGGUUAGGAGCUGUUUUAGAUGAGUUUUGUUUAGAAUGAAUGACUUGUUUCUUUUGUCUCAGACAGUAACAAUAUUGAAUGUCUUGAUGCAGAAAAAAGUUAAAUUUGCAGCUUCUUUCAAACAGUGUUUUAAGGAAAUUAGGUUGCCUGAAUCCAUAAAAAUUACUGUACAAAGCAGGCACUUGGAGUCAUAUGCAGAUAUGAUUCCUGUUGGCUGAUAUCAAAAUAAAAAAUACAAUAUUUAUUGCAAUAGCUGUGGAGAGAAAACCAGAUUGCCUGUGAUGGGAAUUACUGCUUAAACAAAGUUAAAUAUAAAAACUACUCUAAAUUUUAGAUAAAAUGCCCAUUCUGUGUUAAAAAAAAGAAUCCUGUUAAACUUGAAAAUAAAUAUGCUUGCCAUAAGGAAAAAUUAAUAAUUAAAGCAGUUUAAAGAUUCUGUCCCCUUUUGAAAGGGAAAAGGAUGCAUAUAUAACUGCAUAAAGCAAUGUCUAUGUGUAUUUUGAUACACCAUUGUUUGAACUUCCAUCUUUAGCUGGUAACUUAUCAAAUAUCUUUUAAAAUAUAAUUUGGCUAUUUAGUAGGUUCAUGAAAGAGGUUUCUAGAAAGAAGCCCCUAAUUUUAUCCGGGGAGGGCGUGGGGAGUGGGAAAUACUAUAUAUCAAUGUUUGGUUGACUGUGUAACACUCAACGUAUAAGAUCUUUCACUGUCUAGAUUUUAUUUUUGCUUUACUGAAGAUAAACAUUCACCAAAAGCAAUGUUCUGGGAAAGAGGAAUUAUGCCAUGGCAAUUUGGUUUUGAGAUUUUAGGCCAGUUAACAAACUUGCCUAAGCAAUAGUCUAAAAUUUAGCAGCACUAAUUGUUUGGCUUGUUUGUUUUCACCCUUUUUAUGCUCUGUAUAAGUUCUGUAUUAAAUUAUUCUAAAAACUGAUACAUCCAAAAUAAACGUGCAAAUAAAAUAUAGUUUUGGUGAUUGUUGUUCUUCAUAAAGUUCAGUGUUAGCCACCUUCCCAUAUUUUCCAGAAUUUUACGCCUGUACAUCAGGAAUGUCAAAAAGAAUAGUCUUUCUGUGUGGCUUUAGUAUGGCUUCAUUUUAAUAUUGUACAUACAUUGUACUUUGUUUUAUUGUAAUGAGUAAUAAAAAUGUAGACUUCA